AUGAACAAUAUUGGUGCAAGCAGGACUGAUAGCACAGCCGAAAACGAGGAAGAGGAAUCGCCAGCAGUCGCCGCCAACCAAUUAUUGACUGAAGACAAGUGGAAACAGAAGGAGUAUGAGAGCUUAGUGGCCUCAAACAUGGACCUGUCUGCACUCGUACAAGGCACAGUAAAGUGCAAAAAAGGGAAGCCUUCCAGUACAAAGCAAACCAGGAAAGAGGCUUUUGAUCGCUACAUGAAAAUAAUAUAUGGCCUGCCCCCUAAUAUUGAGAUUGAUUUUGAGGACACUUCUGACCCAGAUACAUUUUCAUUUUAUCCUGAGCCAGAUGACAACAAGCCUUGUAACCCUCCUCCCUUAAAAGAACACGCCCACCCUGAAUCUAAAUUGAUCGUUCCUGUGACUGUGGAGAUAAAGAAGGAAAAGAAGGCUCCAGCAUCAAACUCUAGACCAAAGACCCUGAUGAAAGUCAAGCCACGGUCGGUUAGGAAAGUCAUACCUGAGAAACCCAUCAUAGUGGAGAAGGAUGAAGAGCCUCCAGAGAUAAUUUCUCCAAUAGAGACACCCAAAACUCCCGCUCCACCUCCUCCUGGUCCAAGGACUCCAACACCUCUCCCACCCAGGGAACCCAACCCUGAGGUGCCGAGAUUCCUCAAACAGCUUACAGAUGCGGGCUUGUUUAGAGACUUGUUCCCUGAUAAAGAGAGGAUCCCAAGCACCCUGUCCCCAGACGACUUCUCCUUGCAACUGCUGGGCUAUCUAAACACCUGCAGCACUCCGUCCAAAAUUAAGACCCUUGUUGCACUGCAGGCCCUGCACAGACAGGGACUCUUACAGAAUACAGACAAGCUUUAUCAAGGCCUCACUGACUUAAUGCCUAAAUUUGCGAGAGCACAUAUGUCACCUUUGGAACGGACCGUGCUUGUUGAAAAGUUGGAUCUGUUGAUGCAUCUGAAAUCUGCAAGUUAUGACCUCGUGAAAAAGCUUCUCACUCUUCUGGCCUUUAAAGAACUGGUUCUCCGGGAAACAGUGCUGCGCAUUCUGACUGAGUUAGGUGUAGAUGAGGCUGAGCAGUGGCUGUGGCCAGAGUUGGAGAGCUGGGACUCAGAGCUGCAGCACCAGUCUGACAUCUGGAAAAGCCUCCAUGAUAGAGCAGAGUGUUGGCUGGAGUUAUGGAUCUCCAAAUACAAAGAACACAACAGGAGGAGUUCAGAAAGGCCCAGUAUGUCGCACCUGCUGGUCACAAAACCACUUAGUUCUCAACCAAUCUUUCGCCUGGGAGAGACUUACAGCAUGGCCAGGACACGCAAGCCACCAGGAUUAAUUCUGCCUCCCCUGCGAAACCGUCCCUUCCUCAUGAACUUUCCCAAUUUAAUCUCUUUUCCGUUAUCUCGAGUCACUCUGUGCCCCUUUCACAUCUACUCAGACGAAGACUGGCUGAAGGCCUCACCUCGCCGCUACUUCAUUCAACAGCAGUCUUAUGUAGAGUACUACAGAUGA